GCUCUUAGUUUAUCUUCCCCACUAUAUUUCCCCACACUCUCACUCCUCUUUAAACAAAAAACCUCUACCUCUUUCCUCUUUCUCCUCCUCCUCUCUACCACCCACCCCUACCCUCAUCCCCAUCCUUCUCCAGUAUCAAUAGCAGCUGAAGCAAUUAUAAUAGCUUUUACGCCUAUUAAUUUUGCACCUUCUAAUAUAUCGAGUUUUAAAUUCUCCUCAUACUUCUCCCUCUUUCCAAUCAUGUCCAACCGCUAGCAAAACAAGAAAACAAAUUACCCUACCAAUUAUUUUUUUAAUUUAUUUUUUUAAAAAAAGAAAAGAUGUUGCUAGGAAAGAGGGCAAGGCCACCAAUAAUCAAGAGAACAACAAGUAUGACAGAAUUUACCUUGGAUCCACCCCUAAAUUAUCAACAACAACCGUUUGAUCAUCAUAUUCCACGAUCCAACGGCCAAGAUCAACCCUUAUUAUUGACUCGUAGAAAAUCAGCUGAUUUCAUUGAAACUGCUCAUUUCCUUAGAGCUUGCUCCCUCUGUGAACGCCACUUAAUCCCUGGUCAUGAUAUCUACAUGUAUAGAGGAGAUAGUGCUUUUUGCAGUCUAAACUGUAGAGAAAAGCAGAUAAAGGAAGAUGCAAGAAAAGAGAAGUGUACUUCGUCUGCUGCAUCUAGGAAAAAAAUUACAAAUUCAUCAGCAGUCACCGCCGUUGCCAUGGCAAGUGGAACGGAAUCCAACAUCCCACUGCCAUAGGUCAGGCCGUAACCACCGUGUCCCGUGUGGAUUAUUACGUUGUUGAAAUUAAAAAUAAGAAUUAUUCAAUGUACUAAGCUCCCGCACUAAAUAAAUAGAUGCAUGUGGGACUAAGAUGAUAUCUGAAUGUGUAAAUAUUUUUCUAUCAAAUUUCAUGAGUUGGGUGGCUAAUGUUUGCAAGUUUUUCAUUUUAAUUAAUGAAGGCUGAUUGAUCCAGUUUUA